AUGGUUGACCACACAAGCGGUAGCCGGCCAGCUAAUGACCCAAACCAUGUUCCUCCGCCCGACAGCCAGUCUACGUCGAAUACAGAUUCGAUAGAGAAACAGAAGAUAGUCAGUCUCAAAGUCACCCACAUUCUCCUGACCGUUUUCCUUCUCUGGCUCACGAUUGUGCAUAUCAUUGGCUUCCUCUUUUUUGCGAAAGGCUUCCUUCUUACCCGACUGGUGCUGGAUAACCGAUCGGAAUGCGGUAUAUUACCUAAUGGCCAACAGCCUGAACAAUCCAGUGGAUGCUGGCAUCCGAAAACAUUUGACCGAGCAUUGGUCCUAGUAAUUGACGCCCUGCGAUACGAUUUCACCAUCCCUUCUCAUCGUUCAACUACGGGACCUCAGCAGAAUUUCUAUCUUGACAAUUUCCCAGUGUUGUAUGACACCGCGGUUUCGUCUCCAGCCAAUGCAUUUCUCCUCCCGUUUAUUGCGGACCCUCCAACUACAACGCUUCAGAGACUGAAAGGAUUGACCACUGGUACACUACCCACAUUCAUAGAUGUAGGCUCGAACUUUGCGGGUACGGCAAUCGAGGAGGAUAACAUUAUCUCACAUCUGAAGGAUGCUGGAAAGACAGUGGUGCAUCUUGGAGACGAUACAUGGCACGCUCUCUUCCCUGGGUACUUUGACCCUAAUAUGACAAGACCAUAUGACUCCUUCAAUGUCUGGGAUCUCCACACAGUUGACAAUGGAGUAAUCGAACACAUAAUGCCGCUUUUGACGAAUCCUCCUGCCAAGUGGGAUGUUAUUUUUGGCCAUUUCCUUGGCGUUGACCACGCUGGCCAUCGCUAUGGACCCGAUCACCAAGCCAUGGCAGACAAGCUUAAACAGAUGAACAGCGUCUUGCAGCAGAUAAUCAGUAAAAUAGACGAUGAUACACUUCUUGUUGUUCUAGGUGAUCACGGAAUGGAUACGAAAGGGGAUCAUGGCGGAGAAUCCGACGAAGAAGUUGAGGCAGCACUGUGGAUGUACUCCAAGAAGCCACGGUUUGGCAGAACAGAUGAAUCGGCCACCCUGCCGCCUGCCACUGCCAAAGAACGACCCGUCGGCCAGAUCGAUCUUGUGUCAACUCUCUCUUUGCUUCUAGGUCUGCCCAUCCCAUUCAACAACCUUGGAAAACCCAUUGCGGAGACAUUCGCAGGUCCCGGACGAACCCCUGACUGGGAAACUCUUGCAACGGUCCACCAAUUAGCGCAGAGUCAAAUCGCAAGGUAUCAAGGACAUUAUUCAAAGUCUCGAGACCUUGGCCUUGAAGACGAUGUCCACAAAUAUCAAGCACAACUCCUCCAGCGCGCAAACGACGCAACGUCUUCCGGACAAUGGAAGGAUGCAUAUUAUGCCUAUGCCGAAUGGCAACGUGAAGUAAUCGGGAUGUACCGAAAGCUCUGGGCGAAUUUCAACCUUUCAGACAUGAUCCUUGGCGUCAUAAUCUCGACCACUGCUCUGAUAUUCGUCUUCCUAUUCUCUCGUUUUUCCAAAGGUGACAGCGACAGUCUAACCACGGGACUUCUCAGGAUAUCCGCACUUGGUUCCGCUGUAGGAGCAGCAAUCGGCGCAUCGCUACCCUUUCUGCUCCCCUCAUACUUCUCCACACUCACCGGCAUCAUUUUCGGCACCAGCAUCAUCGGUUUGAUAUCUGCAACAGCAUGGGCAUACCGCAACCGACUAAUAGGCGGAUCCUUCAAGCCUUCUGCGUGGGGCGGUAUGGCGGCUGUUUUUUGCAUCGCGCAAUCAGCGGGGUUUGCAUCAAAUUCAUACACGAUUCACGAAGACACGAUUCUCCUUUUCUUUCUUACGUCCUUUGGCGUUGUGUCGUUGAUGUCGUCCCUGCGACAGGCUGCUAAGAGCGACCGCGUCUUGGGGAUCUACCAGUCUGUGGUGUUCACCUUUCUCACGCGCUCCGCUUCGUUUUCGCGCUUGUGUCGUGAAGAGCAGAUGCCGGGCUGUCGAUCCACGUUCUACGCUUCAUCCAAUUCGACAACUUCAGCACCCUGGCACUUAUUGAUCCCGUUCACGGUCGCGCUCGUCCUGCCGGAAAUCAUCAAGUCUUUCUACAAUACCACUGCAUCGUAUGCCGCCUCCGCUGGCUUCUGGAUCGGCUUCACCUUCCGCUUGGGGCUGGUCCUUGUGGCUGCCUACUGGGCCGUCGAUGCGGCGGACAACGGCAACUGGCUGCAGGAAAGCUUCACGUCGUCCACCUUGAAGACAGCUGGUAUCGUGCUUGCCCGCUCUGCACUCGCAAUUGCUAUCCCUGUCGGUAUUGGCACCUUUGUAUGGGCGAAACCAUGUAUUGACAUUGAAAUCGCCGAUCCUAUUCCUCCCACGACAACUUCGGGGAACCAGACUCCAACUCGCCCUCAAGUGACUAUCUACGGGUACGCCAAUGUCUACGGCACGCGAUAUUUUCUGCUCAUCCCGAUGCUGGUCCUCACCAUUGCUCUGCUCCUCCCGCCAAUGGGCCAAUACAGCAUGGCGAUCCUAACCUGGCAGAUCUUGUGCCUACUUGAAAUCCUAGACACGAACAAUCUCAUGAUCACCUCGCGGUACAAGUCGUCGAUCGGGCCGAUCGUCCUUGCUUUGUUGGGGAGCUACCAUUUCUUCAAGACCGGUCACCAAGCGACCUUGGCUUCGAUCCAAUGGAACAGCGCCUUUGUCCCACUCAGCACAAUUCGUUAUCCGUGGUCGCCACUGCUGGUCAUCUUAAAUACGUUCGGUGCACAGAUUCUCUGCGCCGCCGCCGUUCCCCUGACGGUGCUGUGGAAGCGCCCAACGGGGAGAUCUUCAGGCUUGAGCCGCGGUAUCUGGAACGACGUCUUGACGGCCUGUCUCACGCACAUACUCUAUUACGCCACUAUAGCGGUAGCGACGACCCUCUGGGCCGGCCACUUGCGGCGGCAUCUAAUGCUGUACCGCGUGUUUAUGCCGCGCUACCUAAUGGCAAACGGAGUUUUGGUGAUCGUGGACCUCGUGUUGAUAACCGUGGCUCUUGCCAGCGUGAGGGUCACUGGUUUGAGUGUCGGAGAAGUCUUUGGGUACUAG